CACAGUUCGCGUUGUCGUGCUCGUCUUCACGCGCGUCUCUGGCCCCGCGUGUGGUGCGCACUGCUCUCCACUCCUGUCCGACUCACCGUCAGUGUGUCGGAGACUGUCAGAGUGCGCGCACAGCCGCCGACGCGCUCUUUUGGCACAGGGAGCGCACGGACGCACAGGCAGAACCCUCCACCAGAGUGGUGACAGAAAGACAGACACCCUCCUCAUUCGACUCCAACUUGUCUUUCUCCACCUUCCUGUGACUUCUGUCCCUUCUCAUCCACAAAUGCGAGGAUUGUAUCACUGUUGUUAUCACUGUCACUGCUGUCCUGAUCCGAGGAGCUUCUCUGUACGGACCAGACGGGAGUAUGUAAAAUAAUCUGAGGCUUUGACUAAAAAGAAAAGAAAAAAGAAAAGAAAAGAAAAACUGAUUGAUCAUGGAUGGACUGCGUGGUUCUGUGGCCCCACGGACAGUUCUUCUCUUCUUGGUUCUUCUGGGACUUGCUGACGGACAGUUCUUUCCAGGCGGCUGCACAUUUGAAGAGUCGUACAGCAGCUGUGGCUACAGCGUGUCCCUGGGAACCAAUGGAUUUACCUGGGAGCAGGUCAAUUCCUGGGAGAAACCCUCCAUGGAUCCAGCCCUACCAACAGGUUCCUUCAUGGUGGUCAACGCAUCAGGUCGGGCAUCAGGACAGAAGGCUCACCUGUACAUGCCCACCCUGAAGGAGAACGACACCCACUGCAUCGACUUCCUCUACUCUCUGUCCAGUCGUGACGGAGCCAGUCCAGGAAGUCUCAACAUCUACAUCAAGGUGAAUGGAGGAGCCCAGGGGAACCCAGUGUGGAACGCCUCAGACACUGUGACUGAAGGCUGGGUGAAGGCUGAACUGGCCAUUUCAACAUUCUGGCCCAACUCCUAUCAGGUCAUAUUUGAGGCGGUGUCAGUCCAGGGUCACCCAGGGUUCAUUGCCAUUGACGACAUACGAGUUCUGGCUCACCCUUGCCGUAAAGCCCCUCACUUCCUGCGUCUGCAGAACGUGGAGGUCAACGUGGGUCAGAACGCCACCUUUCAGUGCACUGCUGGAGGGAAAUGGUCACAGCAUGAUAAACUCUGGCUCCAGCAGUGGAACGGUAAAGACACUGCACUGAUGGUCACCAGGGUCGUGAACCACCGUCGUUUUUCUGCAACUGUCAGCGUUGGAGACACUUCACAGCGCAGCACCAGCCGAUAUCGCUGUGUCAUCCGUUCAGAUGGAGGUUCGGGGGUGUCCAAUUAUGCCGAUCUGAUUGUUAAAGCUCCACCUACACCCAUCGCUCCACCGGAGCUUCUGGCUGUGGGCGCCACCUAUCUUUGGAUUAAGCCCAACGCCAACAGCAUCAUCGGUGACGGGCCAAUUAUCCUGAAGGAAGUUGAAUAUCGGACCACUACUGGAAACUGGGCAGAAACCCACGUGGUCGACGCCCCCACCUACAAACUGUGGCAUCUGGACCCAGAUGUGGAGUACGAAAUCAAGGUCCUGCUCUCCAGGCCUGGAGAGGGAGGAACUGGGCCUCCAGGACCGCCACUGGUCACCAGAACUAAAUGUGCCGAUCCUGUCCAUGGUCCACAGAACGUGGAUGUGGUGGAUGUCAGAGCCCGUCAGCUGACAAUACAAUGGGAGACGUUUGGAUACGCUGUCACUCGCUGCCACAGCUACAAUCUGACGGUGCAGUACCAGUAUAUUUUCAACCAGCAGGAGUUCGCAGCAGAGGAGUUGAUCCAGACCUCGUCACAUUACACUCUGAGGGGACUGAGACCCUUUGUUACGGUCAGACUGCGAUUGGUCCUGGCCAACCCUGAAGGCAGUAAGGAGAGCGAGGAGAUAGUCAAACAGACAGAGGAGGACGUCCCAGGCUCAGUACCGACGGAGUCCCUUCAGAACACACCCUCAGAAGACAAGAUCUACAUGCAGUGGAAGGCUCCCAACGAGACCAACGGAGUCAUCACACUGUACGAGAUCACCUACAAGGCCCUGAGCUCCUUGGAUCCCAGCGUGGACUUGACCACCCAGAGGGGGCAGGUGUUCAAACUGAAGAAUGAAACCCAUCAUCUGUUCAUGGGCCUCUACCCAGGAACCACCUACUUCUUCAGCCUCAAAGCCUCCACCAACAAGGGCUUCGGCCCACCUGUGACCACACGUAUCACCACCAAGAUAGCAGCCCCAAUGAUGCCGGAGUACGAGUCCGAGGCUCCACUGAAUGAGACAGAGACCACCAUCACCAUCCUCCUGAAGCCUGCCCAGUCACGAGGAGCUCCCAUCAGCUCGUAUCAGCUUGUUGUGAAGGAGGAACGCAAGUCCAAGACCCGCCGUGCUGCCUCAGAAGCCCCAGAAUGCUUUUCUGCCCCAUUCAGCUAUCGAAAUGCCUCCAUCCUGGACUCCACUUACUACUUUGCUGCUGAUCUGCCACCCUCCAGCCUGACAGUUGUACAGCCGUUCACUGUCGGUGACAACAAGAGCUACGGAGGUUUCUGGAACCCCCCUCUAUCUCCUGCCAAGAGCUACAGCAUCUACUACCAAGCCAUGAGCAGAGCCAAUGGGGAGACUAAAAUCAACUGUGUCCGUCUGGCUAACAAAGUGGUAAUAGGUAGGGGACAAAUAACAACGCCGUACAUACUAGUCAUCCCAAGUGAAGGUGCGUCCACGCAGGACUCUGACGCCAUGGAGCCGGAGAAGCAGGUUGACAGCACCGUGAAAAUGGCCGGAGUGAUCGCUGGGAUCCUCAUGUUUAUCAUCAUCCUGUUAGGUGUGGUCCUCACAUUCAAACGCAGAGAGAUUCACACAUGGAGAACUCUGAGUGUGGGGAAGCUAGCUAAGAAGCACAAGGAGACUGCCAGCAGCUCCACCCAGCAGAGGGAGAUGGGUCCGGUCACCACGGCCGAUAAGAGCACGGCCAAAGUCAGCACCCUGCACAAAGACGACCCCUUCUCCACCUCCAGUCAGGACCUGAAUGGAUUCACCUCGCCCUCCUCCUGCUCCUUCUCCAUGCAGGGCAGUAAGACACUGCAGAGUAAAUCCCUGUUGAACUCCUACUAUUCAGUGUCCAAAGAACCGGUUCCAGCCACGACUUCUAUAGAUGGCAGUCAGGCUUCACUCUCCCAGCCCUCCCUGACCUUGCAGAAGUUUCCUUAUGGAGGCUGUGAGUCUGUGGAGCUCUCCUACCAGAGUGGUCAGUUCCAGGCUGGCCAGUUCCAACCGGCUAUCCGAGUGGCAGACCUCCUCCAACACAUCACCCAGAUGAAGUGUGGACAAGGCUAUGGCUUUAAGGAGGAGUAUGAGGCCCUGGCAGAGGGACAGACUGCCCCCUGGGAAACAGCGAAGAAGGAAGAGAACCGCAACAAGAAUCGCUAUGGCAACAUCAUCGCUUACGACCACACCAGAGUCCGGCUGCAGCUGCUGGAGGGAGACCCCCACUCUGACUACAUCAACGCCAACUACAUUGACGGUUACCACAGACCCAGACACUACAUCGCCACACAAGGGCCAAUGCAGGAGACAGUGAGGGAUUUCUGGAGAAUGGUCUGGCAGGAAAACUCAGCCUCUAUCGUCAUGGUUACCAACCUGGUGGAAGUGGGCAGAGUGAAGUGUGUUCGUUACUGGCCUGAUGAGACGGAAGUUUAUGGAGACAUCAAGGUGACUCUGAUAGAAACUGAACCUCUGGCUGAAUACGUCAUACGGACCUUCACCAUUCAAAAGAAGGGUCAUCAUGAAAUCCGUGAACUGCGCCAAUUUCACUUUACCAGCUGGCCUGACCACGGUGUUCCCUGUUACGCCACCGGACUGCUGGGCUUCAUCCGACAGGUCAAGUUCCUCAACCCACCAGACGCUGGGCCCAUAGUGGCUCACUGCAGUGCCGGUGCAGGGAGGACAGGCUGCUUCAUUGCAGUGGACAUCAUGCUGGACAUGGCAGAGAAUGAAGGAGUGGUGGACAUUUUCAACUGCAUCCGAGAGCUACGGUCACAGCGAGUCAACAUGGUGCAGACGGAGGAGCAGUACGUGUUUGUCCACGAUGCCAUCUUGGAGGCAUGUCUAUGUGGAAACACAGCCAUACCAGUGUGUGAGUUCAGGGCCAUUUACUACAACAUCAGCAGACUGGACCCACAGACCAACUCCAGUCAAAUCAAAGAUGAGUUCCAGACGUUAAACAUAGUGACCCCUCGUGUCCGUCCGGAGGACUGCAGUGUGGGUUUGCUACCGAGGAACCACGACAAGAACCGCAGUAUGGAUGUUCUCUCAGCAGACAGAUGUCUGCCCUUCCUUAUAUCUGUGGAUGGAGAGAGCUCCAACUAUAUCAACGCCGCACUGAUGGAUAGCCACAAACAACCAGCAGCCUUUAUCGUUACCCAACAUCCUUUGCCAAACACUAUGGGUGACUUCUGGAGGCUGGUGUUCGAUUAUAACUGCUCUUCAAUUGUGAUGCUCAACGAGAUGGACGCAGCGCAGUUGUGUAUGCAGUACUGGCCAGAGAAGAGCUCGUGUUGCUACGGUCCAAUCCAAGUGGAGUUCAUAUCUGCAGACAUUGAUGAAGACAUCAUAAACCGGAUCUUCAGGAUCUGCAACAUGGCCAGGCCACAGGAUGGUUAUCGUCUGGUGCAGCACUUUCAGUUCAUUGGCUGGCCAGCCUACAGGGACACACCUCUGUCCAAGCGCUCCAUCCUACAGUUGGUCAGGAGACUGGCGAAGUGGCAGGAGCAGUACGAUGGAGGAGAUGGGAGGACUGUGGUUCACUGCCUUACCGGUGGAGGACGUUCUGGAACGUUCUGUGCCAUCUGCAGCAUCAAUGAGAUGAUCCAGCAGCAGAACAUUGUGGAUGUUUUCCAUACUGUGAAAACGCUGAGGAACAACAAGACAAACAUGGUGGAGACCAUGGAACAGUACAAGUUCUGCUACGAAGUGGCUUUGGAGGCCCUCACCUCCUUCUGAUCACACUGGAGGAGGAAAAAACUCUUCUCUGAUUCACAGAUGAAGCUGCCUGUGGUUUUCAGUGUGUGUGAAGGCGCGUGUGCUGAAAUAUGCUAUAUGACAGGACGCAGCCUGUGACAACACACACAGAGUGUACAGAGAAAAAGAUCAGCAAACACACACACACACCAGUGACUUCAGUGUGUGUGUGUGCGUGUGAGUGUGUAUGUGCUUACUCCAGUAAUACUGGAGACUUAACUCGCUUGUACAGACAAAAAUUUAAAAAAAAAAUAUGGGAGAAAAAACCCCAGAUGUUUUAAAGAAGUGCUAUUUCCCUCCCUUGUUCUCCCCCUUCACUGCCUCGCUCACCCUCUCUUUCUCCCCCUCCUCUACCUCCCUCUUCAUCAGUCUGUUUUCUUUUCUCCUUUUAACGUUCACUGUUUUGUCUCUCUCCCUCUUUCUCUCCUUCCUUUGUCUCUCUCUCUCUCUCGCUCUCUCUCCCCCUUUCUCUCUCCUGUUGGGCUGUGAUGUGGCUAUUGUACAGUAUUUUCUUUUUAAAUCUAUUCUAUGCCUUGAAUGUUUCUCCCUCUGAAAGUUGGAUGCACACUGGAAGAUUUUAAAUAUAUAUGAUAUUAAACUGAGUUUGAGAAUAACAUUUGGAAAGUUUUUGGCUGCAAAUUAGGGAAUACUAAACCCCGGGAUAAUAUCUGUCUCCUGCAGAAAUACCAAUGUGAACCAGCAUGUACCAUAUUCUUUGAUAGUACGUAAAAUUAGAGUGCAGUGAAAUUAAAGGACAGUGACUGAAAACAGUGACGAUGGCAUGUGAGUAACGGCAGCUGUUCAACAGGGGAACAGUGGACAAACAAAACGUCAUGAUGGACUCUGACCAACAUUUAAAUCUUUUGGUGUGCACCCACCCUAACUGUAAAUAAGAAAAGACAAACCACAGCAAACAAACAGACACAUCACGCGCAUUAUAAAUAAAGCUAACUGUGUUUUCGUUCAUCA